GGUAGGAAUAAAAAGCAAGCAGUUCCUGGCCUGUGAUGUUCCAGCUAAGCAUGUCUGACUGACAACAUGUUGGCACCAGCAUUGAAGGAAGUGAUGGGCUUCAGCUCCUGGUUCCUGUCCUGAGACCACAGCAGGAUGUGCCUUGGGCAAAGGCUUGGACUCCUGGAUUAUUCAGUAACUUCAAAGAUCUGGUCUCAGGGUGGAGAACUUUUUCUUUGAAUUCCUAUCCCAUGAACUUAAGUGAUGGUGCCUGUCAAUUAGCUGAACAACUUGGGUUUUGAACUUCUCAAGGCCAGGGACUGUAUUGAUGAGCACCUGCAUUGGUUCAUAUAAGGGAGACGUCUGGUGAAUAUCAGUGGGAUCUACAGAACAAGCUCUGAAAGUGUUCCAGCUGAAAUUUCAGAUCCAAGAGACACACUGUGGCUUUAGAGGCAGUGAUUCCAAGCCGUCAGCUCACGCUGCUGCCAAGCUGCAGGAUGGUGCACGUAGCCAGACCACUGCUGCUGCUCCUUGCUUUCUUUCUCCAAGCGGAUGCUGAGACACCUCCUAGGUUUACACGAACUCCUGUUGACCAGACUGGGGUCUCUGGUGGAGUUGCCUCAUUCAUUUGCCAAGCUACAGGAGACCCAAGACCAAAAAUUGUCUGGAAUAAAAAAGGAAAGAAAGUCAGCAAUCAGAGAUUUGAGGUAAUAGAGUUUGACGAUGGAUCUGGAUCAGUUCUCAGAAUACAGCCAUUACGGACUCCAAGGGAUGAGGCCAUUUAUGAAUGUGUGGCCUCCAAUAACGUGGGAGAAAUAAGUGUAUCUACCAGACUCACAGUUUUGCGUGAGGAUCAAAUUCCUAGGGGCUUCCCUACUAUUGACAUGGGCCCACAGUUGAAGGUGGUUGAGCGUACACGCACAGCCACCAUGCUUUGUGCUGCUAGUGGGAAUCCGGAUCCAGAAAUCACAUGGUUCAAAGAUUUCUUACCCGUUGACACAAGCAACAACAAUGGCCGUAUUAAACAGUUACGAUCAGGUGGUACUCCAAUAAGAGGUGCCCUUCAGAUUGAACAGAGUGAAGAAUCUGACCAAGGGAAAUAUGAGUGUGUUGCCACCAACAGCGCGGGCACUCGCUAUUCUGCCCCUGCCAAUUUAUAUGUCAGAGAGCUGCGAGAAGUUCGUCGUGUUCCACCACGGUUCUCUAUACCACCCACUAAUCAUGAAAUUAUGCCGGGUGGAAGUGUUAAUAUCACCUGUGUGGCUGUGGGGUCACCAAUGCCUUAUGUGAAGUGGAUGUUGGGGGCAGAAGAUCUAACACCUGAAGAUGAUAUGCCAAUAGGAAGGAAUGUUCUAGAACUGAAUGAUGUAAGACAGUCAGCAAAUUAUACCUGUGUUGCGAUGUCAACAUUGGGUGUCAUUGAAGCAAUAGCACAGAUCACUGUCAAAGCCUUACCCAAACCUCCUGGAACUCCUGUGGUGACUGAGAGCACAGCUACAAGCAUUACAUUGACUUGGGACUCUGGGAACCCUGAGCCCGUCUCUUACUACAUCAUUCAACAUAAACCUAAAAAUGCCGAGGAAUCUUAUAAAGAAAUCGAUGGGGUUGCUACCACUAGAUACAGUGUUGCUGGAUUAAGUCCCUACUCAGACUAUGAAUUCAGGGUUGUUGCUGUCAAUAACAUUGGGCGGGGGCCUCCCAGUGAACCCGUGCUGACUCAGACCUCAGAGCAAGCACCAUCCAGUGCUCCGCGGGAUGUCCAGGCACGGAUGUUGAGUUCAACUACCAUUUUGGUCCAGUGGAAGGAACCUGAAGAACCAAAUGGACAAAUUCAAGGAUACAGAGUUUAUUAUACAAUGGAUCCCACUCAGCAUGUUAACAACUGGAUGAAGCAUAAUGUAGCAGACAGCCUUAUCACUACUAUUGGGAACCUAGUGCCCCAGAAAACAUAUUCUGUCAAAGUCCUUGCUUUUACCUCAAUUGGAGAUGGUCCACUUUCAAGUGACAUACAAGUCAUCACUCAAACAGGAGUACCAGGGCAGCCUCUAAGCUUCAGAGCUGAACCUGAAUCUGAAACCAGUAUUUUGCUCUCUUGGGCACCUCCAAGGUCAGAUUCUAUUGCCAACUAUGAACUGGUCUACAAAGAUGGGGAACACGGAGAGGAGCAACGAAUUACCAUUGAGCCAGGAGUAUCUUAUAGACUGCAAGGGCUGAAACCAAACAGCUUGUACUUCUUCCGUCUAGCUGCACGCUCUCCUCAAGGCCUGGGUGCCUCGACAACUGAAAUAUCUGCUAGAACCAUGCAGUCAAAGCCGUCCGCUCCUCCUCAAGACAUUAGUUGCUCCAGCCCAAGUUCCACUAGUGUUUUGGUAAGUUGGCAACCUCCACCCGUGGAAAAACAGAAUGGCAUUAUUACUGAAUACUCCAUCAAGUAUACCGCCGUGGACGGAGAAGAUGACAAACCUCAUGAGAUUUUGGGAAUUCCUUCGGACACUACCAAAUACCUUUUGGAACAGCUGGAAAAAUGGACUGAGUACCGGAUCACUGUGACAGCCCACACAGAUGUCGGCCCUGGCCCUGAGAGCUUGUCCGUGUUGAUUCGAACCGAUGAAGAUGUUCCUAGUGGUCCACCUCGAAAAGUCGAGGUAGAGGCUGUCAACUCAACAUCUGUUAAAGUCUCAUGGCGCUCGCCUGUGCCCAGUAAACAGCAUGGCCAGAUAAGAGGAUACCAGGUGCAUUAUGUGAGGAUGGAAAAUGGUGAGCCCAAGGGUCAGCCCAUGCUGAAGGAUGUUAUGCUGGCUGAUGCACAGUGGGAAUUUGAUGAUACUACUGAACAUGACAUGAUCAUUUCUGGGCUCCAGCCUGAAACUUCCUACUCCCUUACUGUCACAGCCUACACCACCAAAGGAGAUGGUGCUCGCAGCAAGCCCAAACUGGUGUCCACCACUGGGGCAGUUCCAGGGAAACCCCGCCUUGUGAUUAACCACACCCAAAUGAACACCGCUCUCAUUCAGUGGCAUCCACCUGUGGACACAUUUGGACAACUUCAGGGCUAUCGUCUAAAAUUUGGCAGGAAGGAUACAGAGCUACUCACUACUCUUGAAUUCUCUGAAAAAGAAGAUCACUUUACAGCUACAGAUAUCCAUAAAGGAGCAUCAUAUAUCUUCCGGCUCUCAGCCAGAAACAAAGUGGGCUUUGGGGAGGAGAUGGUGAAGGAAAUUUCUGUUCCAGAAGAAGUUCCAAAUGGAUUCCCUCAGAACCUCCACUCAGAAGGCUCCACUUCAACUUCUGUCCAGUUAUCUUGGCAGCCUCCUGUCCUGGCAGAGAGAAAUGGCAUUAUCACCAAGUAUACCCUUCUGUAUAGGGAUAUCAACGUCCCUCUUCUUCCAAUGGAGCAGCUUAUUGUUCCAGCUGACACCACUAUGACACUCACUGGCUUAAAACCAGAUACCACAUAUGAUGUAAAAGUACGUGCUCACACGAGCAAAGGGCCCGGGCCAUAUAGUCCCAGUGUCCAGUUCAGGACACUACCUGUGGAUCAAGCAGUGUUUGCAAAAAAUUUUCAUGUCAAAGCAGUAAUGAAGACUUCGGUGUUAUUAUCUUGGGAAAUUCCAGAGAACUACAAUUCUGCCAUGCCUUUCAAAAUUCUUUAUGAUGAUGGGAAAAUGGUGGAAGAAGUAGAUGGCCGAGCUACCCAGAAGUUGAUUGUCAACCUGAAGCCUGAGAAGUCAUAUUCAUUUGUGCUGACAAAUCGUGGAAACAGUGCCGGUGGACUGCAGCACAGGGUCACAGCAAAGACUGCACCAGAUGUUCUUCGCACCAAGCCUGCCUUCAUUGGGAAGACAAACUUAGAUGGAAUGAUUACUGUGCAAUUGCCUGAAGUACCUGCAAAUGAGAAUAUAAAAGGUUACUACAUAAUAAUUGUGCCUUUGAAGAAAUCUCGUGGAAAAUUUAUCAAGCCAUGGGAGAGUCCAGAUGAGAUGGAAUUAGAUGAGCUGCUUAAGGAGAUAUCUAGGAAACGCAGAAGCAUUCGCUAUGGGAGAGAAGUUGAAUUAAAGCCAUACAUUGCUGCUCACUUUGAAGUCCUUCCCACUGAGUUCACCCUGGGGGAUGACAAACAUUAUGGUGGAUUUACGAACAAACAACUCCAAAGUGGUCAAGAAUAUGUCUUUUUUGUGUUAGCAGUGAUGGAACAUGCAGAGUCUAAGAUGUAUGCAACCAGCCCCUACUCUGAUCCUGUUGUGUCAAUGGAUCUGGAUCCACAACCGAUUACAGAUGAAGAAGAAGGCUUGAUAUGGGUUGUAGGUCCUGUCCUUGCAGUAGUUUUUAUCAUCUGCAUUGUCAUAGCGAUUCUUCUUUACAAAAGUAAACCUGACAGGAAAAGGGCAGAAUCUGACUCUAGAAAAAGCAGCAUACCGAACAGUAAGGAAGUCCCUUCUCAUCAUCCAACAGACCCAGUAGAGCUGAGGCGCCUUAAUUUUCAAACUCCAGGUUCAGAUGAUUCCGGUUACCCUGGUAACCUUCAUUCUUCAAGUAUGGCUAGUCAUCCUCCAAUACCUAUCUUGGAACUUGCUGAUCACAUUGAAAGGUUGAAAGCAAAUGACAAUUUGAAGUUUUCCCAGGAAUAUGAGUCAAUUGAUCCUGGCCAGCAGUUCACGUGGGAACAUUCAAACUUGGAAGUAAACAAACCAAAGAACAGAUAUGCAAAUGUUAUUGCAUAUGAUCAUUCCCGGGUCCUCUUAUCAGCAAUAGAAGGCAUCCCAGGAAGUGACUAUGUGAAUUCCAACUAUAUAGAUGGUUAUAGAAAACAAAAUGCCUAUAUUGCAACCCAGGGAUCUCUCCCAGAAACAUUUGGGGACUUUUGGAGAAUGAUAUGGGAGCAACGGAGUGCCACGGUGGUUAUGAUGACAAAACUAGAAGAACGAUCUAGGGUGAAGUGUGACCAGUAUUGGCCCACUAGAGGCACAGAAACCCAUGGGCUUGUCCAGGUGACACUGCUGGACACUGUGGAGUUGGCCACAUAUUGUGUUAGAACAUUUGCACUUUACAAGAAUGGUUCAAGUGAAAAGAGAGAAGUAAGACAAUUCCAGUUUACCGCAUGGCCUGAUCAUGGUGUUCCAGAACACCCUACACCUUUUCUAGCUUUCUUACGAAGAGUAAAAACAUGUAAUCCUCCUGACGCAGGUCCCAUGGUUGUGCACUGCAGUGCGGGAGUUGGCCGAACUGGUUGUUUCAUUGUAAUAGAUGCCAUGUUGGAAAGAAUAAAGCAUGAGAAAACUGUAGAUAUUUAUGGCCAUGUAACUUUAAUGAGAGCCCAGAGGAAUUACAUGGUUCAAACAGAAGACCAAUACAUCUUUAUCCAUGAUGCACUGUUAGAAGCAGUGACUUGUGGAAAUACCGAAGUGCCAGCUAGAAACUUGUACGCCUACAUUCAGAAGCUGACACAAAUAGAAACAGGAGAGAAUGUAACAGGAAUGGAGCUUGAAUUUAAGCGUCUAGCCAGCUCUAAAGCUCACACCUCAAGAUUCAUCAGUGCCAAUCUUCCAUGUAAUAAAUUCAAAAAUCGCCUUGUUAAUAUUAUGCCAUAUGAAUCCACAAGGGUAUGCCUUCAGCCUAUCCGAGGAGUGGAAGGAUCUGAUUACAUCAAUGCCAGUUUUAUUGAUGGAUACAGGCAGCAAAAAGCCUACAUAGCUACCCAGGGACCUUUAGCAGAGACAACUGAAGAUUUUUGGCGGAUGCUCUGGGAACACAAUUCUACCAUCGUUGUGAUGCUUACUAAGCUACGUGAGAUGGGCAGAGAGAAAUGUCACCAAUAUUGGCCAGCAGAACGAUCUGCAAGAUACCAGUACUUUGUGGUAGAUCCCAUGGCUGAGUACAACAUGCCACAGUACAUCCUAAGAGAAUUCAAGGUCACAGAUGCCAGGGACGGUCAGUCCCGAACAGUGAGGCAGUUCCAGUUCACUGACUGGCCAGAGCAAGGAGUGCCAAAGUCUGGAGAAGGAUUUAUUGACUUCAUUGGCCAAGUUCAUAAAACAAAGGAGCAAUUUGGGCAAGAUGGACCCAUUUCAGUGCACUGCAGUGCGGGAGUUGGAAGAACUGGAGUCUUCAUAACACUAAGCAUUGUUUUGGAAAGAAUGAGAUAUGAAGGUGUUGUAGAUAUCUUCCAGACAGUCAAAAUGUUAAGAACACAACGACCAGCUAUGGUACAGACAGAGGAUCAGUAUCAGUUCUGCUAUCGAGCCGCACUAGAGUACCUGGGCAGUUUUGAUCACUAUGCAACGUAGAAACCCCUGAUCCAUUUUGGAUUUUUACUACAGGCCCUUCAAUAUUCAUGGAGUCUCUUCUGAGCCAUACAGGGCACUUAAGAAGUCCUUCUUAACUUCUAGCUAACAACCUCUUAGUGGGACUAUUACAUUCAAAACAAAUUAAAACCAAACUCUUCCAGGUGGACCAAGAAUUGAGUUUAACAAUAUAACCUAAAAAAAAAAAAAUCAGAAUCCUGACUGAUGAGGCAUCUGAAGGAUUUUAUUUACAGAUACCUCAAGGAUUCAAAAUAAAGGGAAGAAGAAAUUAUAGCAAAGAACCACCAUCUUGUUCAGGAUUGCUUGGUAGAUGUAAGAAGAAAUUAUCAGACAGUGCACUUCAGUGCAAGAUGUUUGUUGGUGUGGCUUCUCAUGAUAAAAUAAACUGCUUCAACAUCACCCCUUCCCACCAUAUUGCUCAUAAUAACAUUUUAGGAGGGAAUGGGGGAAAUGUUUAAAAGAAAGUCUUUAAUUUAGUUUUGUAGUAUUGUAAUGAUACUGCUGACCUGUGCUUCAUUUUUAACUGUGUAAACCUUUUUUUUUUUUAACAAAAUGUAUCAUUCGAUAAAGUGAAUUUUAAAAAGUUACAUAAAUCAUUUUUUAUUUCCAAAUUGUAGGUUUUUUUAAGCUGUAGAACUGUUAUCUGGAUAUAUCUUGCUGUAGAAAUAUAAAAUAAUUUGAACAUUUGCACAUUUUUGUGCAAUUCAUAAUCUACAGUAUUGGUCUUGUCCGAUAUUACUUUUAUACUUACAUUUAGUUUAAUUGAUGAGAAAGUACCCAUUUUCUUCAAAUAAUUAGAACUUUUGUUUUGGAAUCAACAGGGAGGCGCAAAGUAUAAAGUUGCUGCUAACAUAUACAUAGAUACUCGUAUGUUUAGGGUGUCUAUGUAUAUAUAACAUGUCCACACAAAAAGAGUUAUCAUUCAGUUCUUCAUGAUUUAGUUUUUUUAAGUAGAAAUUAUACUGUAAGCAUUCUUUUCGAUUUGUUGUUAAUUUUAUGACAUUGGUCUAUCUUAAUAUCACCAAAUUUGAAAUUUUUAAGGGAAAUGAGAAAUGCACAUCAGUGAUUGUCAAACCUCACCUCCUAUUCUCCUCCUAAUCCACCCAGUCAUAUCCACAAAUACCAUUUUGUUAGCCAGGCUUCCAACAAAGUACAAUAUUUCUAACACUCUAGUGCAAUAAAAAAUUAUUAAAUAUCUAAGAGGUGUGCAUGUGGGAAAGGUCAGUGCAUAUCCCUUUAGGAGGGGAGAAUGUUGUAAUAUAUCAGCUAUCAAGUUGUUUUAAAAAAGUGUAUUCAAUCGUAUAUUGUCUAUAGUAUGUGCUAUGAAAUUUGCAUUUAUGUAACAGGGGCAAAGCCAAACUCAUGUUACUCUGUUCAGUCAGAAAUAUUUUUAUGGCUUACAGCAUUCCUGGGAAGUGCUGUACCUUGUUUUGUUUUUUGGUUUUAGUUUUGCAUUUAGAGUGCCUUAUAAUUGAUGCCUAUUUUAAUAGCAUUUCUUUUUAGCUCUUAGUUCAUAUUUCCAUUAGUUGUUCAUAUAUGUUACUCUUCCAAUUAAAGCAUUAUCUGUUUACCACAUGUACAAAAACUCUUUGAAUAAUAUGCAUUCCUAGUUUUCAACCAAGUCGGGGAUGUUAGUGAUUGUAACCAGCCCAACGCACUUGGAUAAUCAGGGCCCUUUUUCCUUUCACAAUGGUCAACAUCAGGAAAAGCUACUUGCUUUAUUUAUAAUCCCUUUUAAAUUUGCUCUGAAAUAUUUAGUAAUUGCACUAAACCUUAGUGACAAACAUCAUUGACAACUUUGGAGUCUACUCGCUAUUCGCUAGGAAUUUUCUAAAAGGUGAAAUUAAAAUACUCAUGUGUAUGUAUAUAUUUACACAAAUAUACGUCUCCCUCCAAAUUUUCAAAAUAAUUACUAUAGGAAGCCAUGAAUGGUGGCAUGAGCUUGCCAUAACUUAUACUAUUUUAAAAAAAUUCUCAGAAUAACCAAGGAACUCUUAAGGAGUUUGGGUAUAAGUCUAAAUUUUGGUUUGAUUUUUAGCUUCAUUAAUGUUCUGCAUAAAAGACUUGUUUUCCAUAUUUUCCCAUCACAAGCAGAAAUGAAAUCCAAGAGACCAAACACUUGCAAGCAUUAUAUUUGAGCACUUUUGUAAAAAAGAAAAAAAAAGAAAAAAAAGAAGAAAAUAUAUAAUACUAAAAAAAAAAAAGUAUCUAGAAGGCUACCUCAGAAUGAGACUCUAACCUACAUCAAAACCAGAGAAGAAUGUGCACUAUGUGGGUCUGUUAUUUUCUUUGAGUUUGUAUCCUUUGGAUAUUUAUCCAAGUGCCAGAUUACUCUGCUAUAAUUUUCAUUUAGUGAAACCAAGGGGGUCAUACAAACAUUGCAUCACUGCAGACAUGCCAUGUGGACAUGUAGAAUUUUGCUGGUGUGUUGCACACCAGAACCAUUGGCCAAGGACAGUUUCUACUUGCAAUCAAAACUGACCUUUUGGCAGAGGGAAAGAGGAGAACAUGUGAAAAUGAAUGGGAUGCAUACCACAGACGAACGAGGUGACUAUUCCAGAUAUCUUGCUGUUCCAAAAACUAACUCCCUUACUGUCAUUGAUGUGCAUUCCACUCUGCUUUUCUCUACAAGCAUUCUUGGUUUAUUUUUCCCAGGUACACAUUUUUAUCUACAUUUCCAUCAACUUUCCAGUUGCCAAUUAUUUUCAUCCUCAUAACCAGUACGGUGCUAUUAUUUACCUAUGUAUGUGUAGUUAUGUAUAAUUUUGUAAUUAGUUACAAUGGUAAAAAAUCAAAAUAUAUAAAAAGUGAUUUGUACAGAACUUUAUUUUAGCUCUUUUUUAAAAAAUUAUUUGCAUGGUUAGAAAAUGGCGAGGACAGCCAGGGGAGGGAAGGGCCUCUAGGGAACUUUGCACUUUCUAUACCUUUGUACUAUGCACUGCCCUAUUGAUUCUACACCCAAUAAUGUUAUUACUUGAACCCAUCUGUAAGGAACUGCUUCAGAAAUUCAUUUGUGUGUAUGUAAAUAACACAGCAUAGAAACAGGAAGGGAAAAUUUCUGCAGUAAGGUACAGAUUUUUUUCUUUCCUGUUCAUUUUUGGUUUUGCUUUUUAUUUUUUAUUUUUGUCCUUCCCUUAAUUUUAAUUCCCUUUCUAUAUUCUUUUUUUUUUAACUUUUGCUUUCCUUUGGAUUAAUGGGUGCCCUGAUACUCCAGCAGAGAUCAGAAGGCUACAAUUCCAUCCUAUCCAUCAGUAUACAUGGCUUUGCCAUCCAAGCUUGGAGUGUCUUUACAAAGAAAAUAACAGUUGUGUUCUUUGCUCUCGUUUUGGAUGCAUAGACUGAAAAAUUUAAAAAAAAUAACUUGUAAAAUGGCUUGUUAAAAAAAUACAAUUACCUCUAAUUAGUAGUACGCGUAAACGUUUUACAGAAUGAAAGGCGUGCUUUUUAUUUUCUUACUUCGUUACAUUGGUGGCGAAAGAAGUCUGUAUGAAAAUCAGUUCUUUGCUGACACAAGUUCCCAUUUGUUACAAAUGAUUCUAAUAAAAAUGUCAGUGUUAUGCA